AUGGCAGACGAUGACGAGCAGCGGCCGCUCCUGGCUGACACGGCCAGGAUAUCCUCUGCCCAAACAGGAACGGAUUACGCCUCCUUUACAGCCGACGACGCCUUCACGGCCAAAGAUCACCCUUCACGUUUCAUUGACGACGACGUCCUCCCUGAAACGUCUGCUCUGGGCCGGAAUCUCUCCUGGACGAGCUCCUACAUGCUCGUUGUUUCUCGCGUCAUAGGCAGCGGUAUCUUCGCCACGCCCGGCACCAUCCUCCAGUCUGUCGGUAGCCCAGGCCUGUCCCUCCUCCUCUGGGCUGUCGGCGCUGUCUUGGCAGCUGCAGGGCUAGCCAUAGCUCUCGAAUACGGCUGCAUGCUACCUCGGUCCGGCGGCCAAAAAGUCUACCUGGAAUUCACGUAUCGCCACCCCCGAUUCCUGGCGUCGACUCUCGUCGCCAUCAACGCCGUGCUGCUGGGCUUCACGGCAAGCAACUGCGUCGUAUUCAGCCAGUACAUCCUCUUUGCGACGGGGCAAGACGGCACCGACGAAGUGCUGAGAAAAACACUGGCCGCGGGUCUGCUGAGCGUCAUCACCGUUGUGCACGCCGUCGUCCCCAAGUUCGGCAUCAGGUUGCAGGACUCCUUGGGGUGGAUCAAGAUCGGCAUCGUCAUGUUCAUGGUUCUCUGCGGAAGCUACGUGGUGGUUUUCCGGCCGGCCACGGACUCGGCGGUUGACGUGGACGUCUUGCUGUCGUGGGAGAAGCUGUGGGAGGGCAGUAACUGGAACUGGGGCAUCGUGUGUACCGCCUUGCUCAAGGUGUUCUACUCGUACGCCGGGUUGGACGACGUGAGCAAUGUGCUCAACGAGGUCAAGGAUCCCGUGCGGACUCUGCGGUCGGUCACGCUGACGGCGCUUUUUACCUCGUGCGGCCUGUACCUUUUGAUCAAUGUCGCCUACUUCCUCGUCGUGCCGCUGGACGAGAUCAAGGGGAGCGGGGAGCUCAUUGCCGCCUUGUUCUUUGAGCGGGUUUUUGGAGCGCAAGUCGGUAGAAAGGUGCUGCCUCUGACAGUUGCGUUGUCAGCAGUCGGAAACGUCAUGGUCGUGGCGUUUGCCAUGGCGCGGCUUAAACAAGAGAUUGCGAGACAAGGGUUCCUUCCCUUCUCUGAAGUUCUGUCGUCCACCAAGCCGUUCGACUCGCCUCUCGGCGGCCUGUUAGUCAACUACAUCCCCUCUCUGCUCGUCAUUGUCUUGCCACCCUCGAGUGAAGUAUACUCUUUCAUCCUCGAGGUCGAAGGGUACACUGGCCAGAUUUUCGGUCUGGCCGUUGGCCUGGGUCUACUGUGGCUACGACACAAGCGACCACACCUGGACCGGCCUUUCAGGGCAUGGAUGUCGGCAGUGGUCUUGAGGCUGCUGCUGGGUCUUGGUCUGCUCGCCGCACCGUUCUUCCCGCCGGCGGAGAAGUACAAGGGCGGCUGGUUCUAUGCCACAUAUGCGAUUGUGGGAGCCAGCACGUAG